CGCCCCCGCAAACCAGAAACGGCAGAGUGUGACGGAGAGCGCAGGAGGAGAGUGCCAGGAGCUGCCCUGGGAAGUCGGGGGUCUCCCAGAGUCAACGCAGAACAACGAUAUUUCAUCACUAGCAACAGGAACAGACAACUGGAGCCACAGAAUGGCGAUGGAUAUCUACGACUCUCAGUACCUUCUCAUCCUGGCUCCCUCCCUGGUCAUUGCCCUCAUGUUCCUCUUCUUUUGGCUCUUCAUGAAGGAAACCUCUUAUGAUGAGGUGCUGGCUCGACAGAAGCGAGACCUCAAGUUGCCACCAACCAAGCCAGACUCUCGUAAGAAGAAUGAAAAGAAGAAAAGCAAGAAGAAGGAAGCUGCUGGUGGGGGAAGUGGUGGAGGUGGAGGAGAAUCAGAAGAAGACCUGCGGGAUUUUGACAUGUCCGAUGGUCUAGGCUCUAAUGUUGACGCAGAGGAAGAACCUGAACCAGUGGUUACCCCAGAUCCAUCUCCACCUGCUGCCAAAAUUUCAGCGUCGCCAGAGGCCCCUUCUGGUUUAAGGGAGAGGAAAAAGAAGGAGAAAAAGGCUGCCAGAGCUGCAGCCGCUGCUGCAGCUGCUUCAGCAGCGUCAGCAGCCUCCCUCUUAGAGGAGUCAGAAAUAAAUGACUCAAAGCCAGUGAGCCACAAAACAGAGCCAUCUCCUACUGCAAGCGUAAGCCCGCCGCCUUCACAAGUAGAAAUGCAGGUUCAGGUCCAAGCUGUUCAGGCUCCUGUUCAAUCUCGGACUCCUCCCCAAACCUCUGGGAAGAAGAAAGAGAGGAAGAAGCAGAAAGUGGAGUCAGCAGACGUCCAGCAGCUUGAGGUGAAAGCGGAGCAGGCUCCAGCUCCAAGCAAAAAGGAAGCUCCUUCUGCGGCUGAAAACAAAGUUCUGGAUGGUGUCAACCCGAGCGCUGCCACUGGCAAAAAGAAAAACUCUGCCAAAAAGCAGAAGACGGAGCAUGUGGAAGAAAGCCACAUUUUGGCAGAUGUGGCAGCUUCAGCCAACCACCAAGAAAGCCAUAAUGAUGACGUACCGUCUAAAACAACUGGCAAGAAACAGAAGAGUGAGACCGAUAAAGGGAAUGCAGAAGUGAAACUGAAGGAGCUGCUCUCUGGCCUGUCCAGCCUGCCUUUGUCAGAAGCAGAAGCUGUCAGUGUGUUAGCUCUCCUCCGAGAAAAGAGCCCCAGUGCCCUGGAUGCCUGGCACAAAUCCACAGCAAGACCCGACCCGGCUGCCCAAGAACGAGAUAAACUUCUCGUAACCCUGCAAGAGGAAUCCUUCAUUGCCAAAGAUAAAGUGAAGCAGCUUAGCCAGGAGCUUCAGCUUGAGAAGCAGAAAACUGGCAGAGUGGAGGCCAUGAUGAGAGAGCAGCGAGCAGCCAUGGAGAAAGAGCUGGGGGGCAUGCAGGCCAAAGCUCAGGGCAGCUACCAGGAGCUGCAGAUAAAGUUCCAGCAGAUGAGGGAGCAGUUGGAAAGCCAGAUCAAUCGUCUGCAGCAGGAGAAUGGGAUCCUUAGGGAUGCUGUCAGCUCAGCCACCACUCAGAUGGACAGCAAGAAUUCGGCAGAGCUGAACAAGCUGCGCUCCGAGUAUGCCGGCCUGAUGAAAGAACUGGCAGACAACAACAGCAAGCUGCAGCAGGAGGAGCGCCAAAGGAAGUCACUGGAGGUCAGCUACAAGCAGAACGUGUCCCAGCUGGAGGCCCAAUUACAGGAGGCAAAGCGGCGCUGGGAAGAGUUGCAAAACUUCCUCCACAGUGUCAAUGUUGAAAGAGAGAAACUUCAGGCCUCUAAGCAAGAGCUCCAAAGCCAACUUCUAGCAGUCGAAACAGAGGUGAACAACAAAAACAAGGAAAUCCAGACUCUACGCACCAGUCUGACUGAAGCCAGGGUCUCCAAUGACCAGCUGGAUCAGAGAGUGAUGGAGAUGUCCCAGUGCACCAUCAUGCCGAAUGAAACUCUGCAGGCCCAGGUUCAGGAACUAAUGAAUGAGAACAAAGCUCUUCAGGUUCAGAUUGAGACACACAAGGUCCAGAAUGAGAGCCUGCAGGUUCAAAUCUCUUCACAGGCCACCCAUGUGUCCCACAUGGAGGAGCUACAGAAGCUACUGGCUGAAAAGGAGCUGCAGCGGAAGAGUCUGGAGGAUUCUCUAAAUGCUGAGAGGAGCAGCGGGGCGAGCAGAGAAACUAACAUGCAGGCUUUGCACAAUGAGAACAUCUCAUUAAAGACGGAGAUUCAGAAUCUCCAGGCACAGAUUGCUGAUCAGAGAGCUUCCCAGCUGGCCUUGGACCAGAUCCAGAAGAGUGUCCAAGAGAAGGAGGAGAACUUUAAGAUGGUUGAAGGACUGUUGGAGAAGGGGCUGAUUGAAGUGGCCAACAAGGAAGCGGACCUGAAGACUGUAAGAGAAGAGAAGGAGGCACUCGGACAGGAGAUUGAGGACCUUAAUAAACAGCUAGCAGAACAGGCUUCAUCAGAGUUGAAAGUGGAAGAACUCAAAUUCAAGAUCCAAGAGAAAGAUGGGAAGCUGAAAUCCAUGGAGGAGAGUUUACAAGCAGCACAAGUCAGCAUCUCCACCAAAGAGAAGAUGGUUGAGACUCUAGAGCAGCAGUUGUCUGCUGUUCGGCUGGAGUUGGAGCAGAUAAGACAAGAGCAAACUCAAAAGGAGAUGGCCAGUUCUGGUGCCGAGCUUCAAGAACUUCAGGCUCAGUUAGCAGCAAAGGACCAGGAAAUCCAGAUGCUUCAGACCGAGCUGGAGGUAAAGACAAAGGAACUGGGUGAGAAGGUGGAGCAGAUGCAGCAGCAGCAAUCCAGCUCUGCAGCACCAAGCCCUAAGCUUCUUGAGGCGUUGUCUGAGAAGGAGAGUCAGGUGUGCAGUCUGCAGAGGGAGCUGGCUGAGCUGAGGGACUCAUUGGAGCUUCACAGGAAAAAGAACAAUGAGCUUCGGGAGAAAAACUGGAGUGCAAUGGAGGCUCUGUCAGUCACCGAGUCCAUGCUUCAAGGAAAACUCAGCAAAGCUGUCAAGGACAGCCAGGCAGCACUGGCAGAGAAUCAGGCUGAGUGUCGAGAUGUUCUGCACAGACUUCUGCCCCACGUGCCUCUGCCCUCUGAACAGAACCAUCAGGAGUGGCUACAGAGAUUUGAGAGUUUAGUGGCUGAAAGCUUGGUUGCACAGUCUGGCAAAGCAUCACAGGAGACUGAGGAAUUGACUGAGAAACUGAGAGAAGCGGAGGAAAGCCAAAGGAUUCUACAAAAGGACUGUCAGACGUACAAGAAGGUUUUGGCAGAGACUGAGGGCAUCCUGCAGCGCCUGCAAAGCAGUGUUGAGAAGGAGGAGUCUCGCUGGAAAGUUAAGCUGGAUCAGUCGCAGGAGGAUGUUAGAGAGCUGAGAAGAGAGAAGCAGCACCUGGAGUCAGAGCUGGAGAAGGCAGAGAACGAGAGCGCUACGUAUGUGACAGAAGUGAGAGAGCUCAAAGACCUGUUGACUAAAUUGCAGACCAGACUUGAUGGCUCAUAUACAGAGGCUUACAGACAGAAUGAGGAGCUGGCUUUGUUGAAAAAACAGCUUACAGAGACGGUGUCCAAGCUGCAGGAUGAGGAGAACGAGAGGCAAAGAGUAGCUGGUGACCUGUACAAGGCCCAGCAGUCUCUUGAUCUGAUCCAGGGUGAACUCUCAAAACUAACAGAAAACACUGAUGACCUGAUAGAGAACAGCAGCCUGUCAUCACAGCGAGAGGAGAUUGACAAGAAGGAGAAAAUGACUGCAGGAUUGAAUCAAACAGUGAGAGAAAUGCAGCAGCUGCUCAGCAUGGUCAGCCAGCAACUGGCUAAGGGACAACGGGGGGAGACAGACAAAGAUCAACAGAAAGUAUAAUGAGAUGACAGCACCACGCAGACACUUGAACUGCAACACAGAGGCAACCCGUUAACUUCAACCUUCUCUCUACCGCACAGCAUCAUACAGUCACUCCUCCUCACCUCUUCCCUCCCAACCCUGUCCACUUCACCGGUACUGUAGACUGCCUCUGUCUGGCUCAGACUGGGGCUUGUAGACCACCCAUACUGUCUACACAGGAGCAGGCAGAGGUUCUGUUUUAUUCCCAACACUCCAGGCACGGUACCCCAACUUGAGUACUCCACUCCAGCCACAUUCCUCCUCUUCUGCAGCUUCACCAAUUGAUUUCUUUGUUGUUGUUGUUUUUUUUUUUUUUUUACUCUAAACUUUAAAAAUGACCCCGGCAUUAUUUAAACUGUAUGGCAACCAUUCCUCUGUUAUAAAUCCACCUGUAUAAUUUCCAGUGAAAUACUUUUGAAAACUACAGUAGUUUUGUGUUAUCUUUCAGAAGGGCACAGAUAAAAUGUCCAAACUUAACAAAGCAAACUUUGGGGUUUUCUGUUUUUUUUUUUUUUUUUUUUUAACUUAAAAAUAUGUAUUGUUUAAAUGUAUCACUUAGGACCUGCUGAAAUACACUGUUCUGUUGAUUUGCUCACUGACCAGAAAACCACCACGAUUGCUCCAUUCAUACUUUGGCUCAAUGCUUCAUGGGUAAAGAGGGGAGUCAAAAGAGCUCUCAGCAUGUGAGAUGGGACACUAUGUGACUGUAACCAUAAAGACAAAUUUUUGUCCAGCCUUUUAUUGCAGCUCCACAGAGAAGGGAGUCUGGGGUACAAGACCAGACACACUUAAAGGUUUUUAAUCCUACUGCAACCACUUUAGAAAUGAGUGUCUCAUAUUGUGCGUAAUCAACAUUUACUAUAUUGUGGCUAAGUCCAUUAACACUGAAGAUUUUGUUCUUUUGUAAUGGGUGAUGUUAAUAAAAGGGAUGCUUAAUAAA